AUGGAAGGCACAGCAUACCACGAUCUGGCGGGGCUUCUUCGCCAAGCAGCACUGCAAGAAGCCGCGUCGCGUGCCAAAACUCGUUCUCCACUCAACGCCAAUACAUCCGAAGCAGCAGCAGAAGCAUCUUCAUCAUCACAAAAGGUGACAGCGGAAGCAGAGGUCGAGGCAGAAGAGCUGUUUGCGGUGUACGAGGACGAAAAGGCGAAAAAUGAUGCUCUGGCCAGAACGAUCGACGAUAGGCUCCAAGCGUUAGCCAGCAUCAAGAAGAGUCAAGCUGAUGAGGUAGGAACGGAUGACAGGAAGCGAUUGGAACUCGAAUGGCAGCAGCUUGAGUUUGCGAUUCGUGCGCUGGAACAAGAGAAACAGCAUUUGCCAGCACUCGAUUCAGCUACAGUACUCGAUAUCCGUACACGAGCCGAGCUGUACGACCUCAACCUUCAAUACACCUCCGCUCUCGCGAUGCUUCGCGCUGAUCUGUCUUCGGAACGUGAUGCGCUAGCGCGCGAAACCCAAUUGCGAUCCGACCUCGACGUGGUCUCGGCUGGCCUGUCCAAACGUUUUGUGAAAUUACAGCGAAAGAGUCAGCAAGAUCUGACGAGCGAAUCAGCUAUUCGGGAGCUCAAUCGGAAAUUUAAACGCGAGGAACAGCGAUUCAAAGAGUUGCUCGCCCAACUCAUCGAUAUGGGCACCUCGCUCUUCGGUCCCGACAGUCGAAAGGUUGUGACACUUCGACACUAUCUCGACGAGUUUAUGAAUCAGGCAUGGGACAAACCGCUGGAUCCCUGGGUCAGCUCCACCAAGUUGGCCAUGAGGAGGACGGGGGGUGAAGUGGAUGAUGCGAUGAUCGAGUUUUUCAUUCGGGCCAACAUCAUUGUACCACAUCCCAAGGAUAGUCGGAGAUGGAGGCUCGUGGGCUUUCACAAAUCGACAAGGGGGUGA